UUUCGUUGGUAGGCCGUCACACGUAGUUGCAGCUCUCAGCAGCGCGUUCGGAGACUGCGAAGACGCGCUAGACAAGUUCCUACAAGGCUGUGACGUCGCCGACCUCUCUGAGUAACAAUACGCAGUUGAGGAAGCCGCAAGGACUGAGUGUCCACGUCUCGAGAUGUCGCAACCAAUGACGAGAAGAACGGUAUUGUUCCUAGUAAUAUUGUUAAAUCACAACAUUCAAACCAGUCAUGGACUGCGAGUUUUAGGGAUACAUGCAUUUCAAAUGAGGAGUCAUCAUGUUAUGUGUGAAGAAUUAUUCCGAGGCUUGGCCGCUAAAGGUCAUCAAGUUGACGUCUACGGUCAUUAUCCGCUAAAGAAGCCUGAGCCAAAUUUAACGGAUUUUAGUUUGAAAGGCUUGAUAAGAACUGUAUCUAACAAUGUGUCUUUCGAAGAAGCUAGCAAAGCUGACGGAGUUGACACAAUGAGAUUUUGGAUAGGUAGUACUCAACAUGAUAUUUGCCAACUAUUGGGCCACCCAAUUUUCCAAAAGUUAAUUCAUAACCCGCCAAAGGACCCACCAUACGAUGUGAUAAUUACUGAGCUUUCGAUAGUCCAUUGUUACAAUGCAUUUGGACGUCACUUGAACAUACCAAUAGUUGGCGUCGUGACGUUAUCAAUGUUGGACUGGCAAUACGAACCUUUCGGAACUCCGAUCAAUUUGGCUAUGGAACCAACAACCAUGAGUUUCUAUCAUCCACCGAUGACAUUUUGGCAACGGUUGGAUAACUUUAUAGGCCACUACCGUAUGAUUCAUAUGUUUUAUCAAGUAGCGACAGUUCAAGAUAAAUACGUGGAAAAGUACUUUGGACCUGGCUAUGGAGAUGCUUACGAAGCGCACAAAGAUGUUUCGUUAGUCCUCGUUAAUCACGACGUAGCAUUAGCUGGGACACGAGCGUUUGCACCCAAGGUCAUACCGGUUGGUGGAUUACAUGUCGUAGAUCGUAACGAACCAUUGAACGAAGUGGUGCAAAAAUGGCUGGAUGAGAGCACACAUGGCUGCGUAUAUUUCUCGUUUGGUUCCUUCACCAGAAUAGAAACGUUUCCAAAGCACAUUCUUAACGCUUUUUACAAGUCUUUCGAGAAUAUUAAGCCCGUACGCGUACUCUUAAAAAUUGCGCAUCCAGAAGAAUUGCCUCCGGGACUUCCUUCAAAUGUACUUACUCAAACUUGGUUCCAACAAGUACCAGUAUUAAAGCACAAGAAUACUAAAGUUUUCGUGACCCACGGAGGAUUAAUGGGCGGGCAAGAAGCAAUUUAUUUUGGAGUACCAAUGGUUGCCGUUCCAUUAUUGGGCGAUCAACGUUUCAAUUCUGCAAAUUACGUUAGAAGAAAAAUUGCUGUCAAAGUAUGGCUGUCCGAAAUCACGGAAAAAACGUUUACUCAUGCUUUAAAAGAAGUUUUACAUAAUCCUAUUUAUCGCAACUCUAUGAAAAAGUUUAGCAUAAUGUUUAAAGAUCAUCCGUUAACUCCUAUGCAAACUGCAAUAUAUUGGAUUGAAUAUGUUUGUCGACAUGGAAAAGAUGCUCUUAAAUCUCCUUCUGAAGAUUUGUUAUGGUGGCAAAAAUCACUUCUAGAUAUAUAUGCUUUUCUUUGUGGAAUUGCAAUUGUAAUUUUAUUUGUCAGCAUACAAAUAGUCAAAAUAAUUAUGAAUCUGACAUUCGAAAUAUUAAAAAAACCAUGUAAAAAGAUAAGUACAAUGUUACGAUCACCUAUUUCAAUAGUGAUAAAUUGUAUCUUGGUAUUAAUUUUUAUGAUUACACAAAGAAGUGAUGCGUUGCGGAUUUUAGGAAUAUUUCCAUUCAAUAUGAGAAGUCAUUUUGUGAUGUGCGAAGAGCUACUCAAGGGAUUAGCAGCUAAGGGACACCAAGUUGAUGUUUACAGUCAUUUUCCGCUAAAAGAGUCAGUAAAAAAUUAUCAUGACUUUAGCUUAUUAGGAACGAUUCCAGCUCUUUCCAACAAUGUCACUUUUGAAGAUGCGUAUAAGGCUGACGCCGUAGAAAUGAUGAGACAUUGGUUCGAAUUUAUUCAAGAACCAAUGUGUGGUUUACUUGGACACAAAUACAUGCAAAAACUCAUCCAUAAUCCUCCUAGAGAUCCGCCUUACGAUCUUUUCAUCACUGAGCUCUCAAUAGCCCACUGUUUCAUUCCAUUUGGUCGCCACCUAAAUGUGCCAGUGAUUGGUAUGGUUACACCGCCUCUACUCGAUUGGCAUUUUGAUGGAUUCGGUACUCCUGCAAAUUUAGCAACAGAUCCAAGUAUAUUCUCUUCAUAUGCAGCUCCAAUGACAUUCUUUGAGCGUUUAGGCAACGUGGUUCUUCAUGAACGUAUGGUGCGAACUUUUAGGACAUAUGCGUCGGCCCAAGAUAAAUAUGUGAAAGAAUAUUUUGGAUCUAGAUUACCGAAUGUUUACGAUUUGCAAAAAGACGUUUCUCUUGUUCUUGUAAACCAUGAUGUGUCACUGAGUGGAAUGAUGCCCUUUGCUCCAAAAGUUAUACCUGUAGGAGGCUUGCAUGUAGUCGAUCGCAACGAAACGUUGCCCCAGGCGGUACAGAAAUGGCUGGAUGAGAGCACACAUGGCUGCAUAUAUUUUUCUUUCGGAUCGUUCACCAGAAUAGAGACGUUUCCAAGACACAUUAUCGAAGCUUUCUAUAAAUCGAUCGAUAACAUCGCACCAGUUCGUGCCCUCUUAAAAAUCGCGAAACCAGAGGAGCUACCUCCAGGACUCCCGUCGAACGCCUUUACUCAACCGUGGUUGCAACAAAUAGCCGUUUUGAAACAUAAAAAUAUCAAAGCUUUCGUGACGCAUGGAGGUUUGAUGAGUGGACAAGAAGCAAUUCGUUUUGGAGUACCGAUGAUUGGAGUUCCAUUACUUGGCGAUCAAUGGUUCAAUGUCAAAAAUUAUGUGAGAAGAAAUAUAGGUAUCGAAGUUAGCCUGCCUGACAUAACCGAAUCAACCUUUACAAAUGCUCUAAACGCCAUUCUAAAAAAUCCAAAGUAUCGGGAAUCAGCGCAAAAGUUGAGUAGAAAAAUCAAAGAUCGCCCUCUAUCGCUUAUAGACACUGCAAUAUUUUGGGUGGAGUAUAUUCAUCGGAAUGGAAAAGAUGCACUUAAAUCACCUAUUGACGAUAUGCACUGGUGGGAAGCUUCUCUUUUAGAUGUGUAUGCUUUCAUUGUCGGAUUAUUACUUCUCAUCUUGUACGUAAUAUAUAGGUUGACUUAUAUAUUGAUCAAGUUUUUUUCAUUCAAAGUAUACCACAAUGCAAAUAUUAAAUUAAAGAAUCAAUGAUUUGUCGUGAUAUAUUUGAUGAACUGCGUGAUUUAAUUUAUUUCUAAUUAUAUAUGACAUGCCUAGUUCUAGUAAUAUUUUUCUAUACCCUGUGGUUUUGAAAUAGGGUUUGUCAGUAUUUAAAAUUAGGACGUAAAUACUGUGCUUUAUAUUUAUAACUUCUUCACUAUAUUAUUUGAAUAAUACUAUAUUUAUAAAUAAUGUAAUUUACCGAGUAUUGAAAUUGCUUAACUUGAUUAAAUACGAUGUAGUUCAAUUUUUUCAAACAAUUUAAUAAGAAACCAAACUGAUGACAAAGGUUUUUUGUUUCAUUUACAGCCAUUGCAUGAUUGUUAAUUUAACUAUAUCGACAAUGUUAUAUUAGAAGCAUCAAUGAUUUCAGACACUACAUUUUUAUCAGUCAAUACUAAACAUACUAUUUUUACACAGUCGACCGUAAUAUUAAGCUAUCAUCUGAACCAUUACCACCCUUAUUUAGAAGUUCAUUAUUAGAUUUUGAAUGAGAAACCUUAGUUUAAGAAUAAACUGGAAACUGAUAGAGUUUAAUUAAUUUUAAUUAUAAUUGACGGUCGUUAUAUUAUUUUAUUACUUGGAUAUAAUCAAAAAACAAUAUUUUCGUUAUUUGAUUGUACAUAUAUUAUUAUUAAAAGUUAAAUAAAUUUGUAUUUCAUCAAAAUCAAAAUUGU